AUGCUGAAUAGAAUAACAGCUAGUACAUUCAAGAAUGCAAAGAAUGUGAUGAUCAUAAAGGGAGGUAUGCGGUCGUACAGUACUGGUACAAAGGAAGACGACUCCUCUUUGAUCAUAUCAAUGGAACAAUUAAAGAAACAUCAUGACUUUGUAAACAAACCAACUCGUAUAUUUAGUGGAAUGCAACCUACCAAUGGAGGAUUGCAUAUUGGUAACUACUCGGGUGCAAUGCUUAAUUGGAUAGAAUUACAAAACUCGAUUGCUAGAAACGAAGCAAAGAUUGCAAAGGAUGGUGGUGGUGCAGGAGAGGAUAGCAGCAGCAGUCUACUGUUCUCGAUUGUUGAUUUGCAUUCGCUGACAAACAAGGCGGUGCAGCCAGCAUCGCUACGUAAGAACACGGUGGAUGUGGCAAUAGAGUAUGUGGCAUGUGGUAUCGACCCCGACAAGGUGGUGCUGUUUAAUCAGUCGCAGGUACCGGCACACUGCGAGUUGUCGUGGAUACUCAGCUGCCACACAGCACUUGGUCGUCUCGAGAACAUGAUCCAGUUCAAGGAGAAGAGCAAGAAGAACACAGAUUCGGCGGUACAGUCGACCUACGGACUGCUGGCAUACCCCAUCUUGAUGGCUGCCGACAUUCUGUUGUACCGUGCAACACACGUGCCGGUCGGCGAAGACCAGACACAACAUGUGGAACUGACACGCAAGAUUGCACAUGCAUUCAACGCGCAUUACAAGACCGACUACUUUCCACUACCACAAAUUGUGAGUACCAGCGAAAGCAAGCGUAUCAUGAGUCUGCAGAAUGCAGCUUCCAAGAUGUCCAAGUCUGACGUAUCAGAGAACUCGCGUAUCAAUCUCACCGACAGCAACGAAACCAUCGCUAAAAAGAUCAGUAAAGCUGCUACCGACUCUACCAUCGGCAUCACCUACGACACUGUCACCCGACCCAAUAUAGCCAACCUGCUAGCCAUCGCAUCGGCCAUGAUGCCAUCCACUCAACCCUUGUCGCCAGCCGACAUUGCCUCCCAAUUUACCAAUGCCAAGCACAGCGAGUUCAAAUCAUUCCUCACACAAACCAUCACCAAUCAUCUUGCACCUAUUCGCGAAAAGAUCGAAUACCAUCAAGCCAAUCCCAAAUACAUCAAAGAGAUACUUCAAAAGGGGUCACAUCGUGCUCGUUCAAUUGCCAAUCGUAACUUGACUGAUAUUAAAAAUAUUAUUGGUCUUUAUGAAUAA